CUUCAUUCACGGACUUGCUUGCUGUCGCUGUGCUCUGCCAUCGUCGUAGGUGCACUAAAGUCCCUUCCGUUUGUCGUCGCCAAAUAAGAGUAGAAAAUUUAACCAUUUCCAGUUCAACCCAAGUGCAAUCCACACGUGAAUCCUUCCUCGUUACAUUGAGUGUAAAUGUAACAUCUGAGGGCUGUGGAUUUUGGUAGAGAAUCCGACAGAUUUUGUAACAUCGCGUAGUGCUUUAGCGAAGAGAACUGACGUCGUAGGCGAGUGUGAUUUUCUUGGACUUAGAAAAAUUUGCUGCUGUCUGGUUGGGUGGCAGUCACAUUUCAUUACGAUUAAAAUUAGCUACAACUCGGAGGAUGAGUGUCGAAGCGGAAAUGCCCAGUUCCCAGGACUCGACCAAGCAGUUGAAUGGCGAUCGCCCCAAUGGCGUGAGCAAUGGCCACUCGUCGGUUGAUGCCACCAGUGGUGGUAGCGGUGAGGACCGCCAUAAAAGUCACAAGAGCAGCAGUAAGGACAAACACCGUGACAAGGAUCGUGACCGGGAAAAGGAUAAGCAACGCGACAAAGAUCGCGAUCGCGAGAAGGACAAGCAUCGGGACAAGGAACGAGACAAGCAUAAAAGCAGUUCGUCGUCGAGGGACAAGGAUCGCGAGAAAGACAAAUCUAGCAGCAGUAGUAGCAAGGACAAAGAUCGAGACCGUCACAGCAGCUCGCACAAGAGUUCCAAGAGCGAUAAGGAUCGGGAGAAAGACAAAGAGCGGUCCAAGGAUAAAGACCGAUCGAGGGACAAGGAUCGUGAGAAAGACCGGGACAAGGAUCGCGAGAAAGAUCGGGACAAGGAUCGCGAGAAAGACCGAGAUAAGGAUCGCGAAAAAGACAAGGAACGAUCUAAGGACAAAGAACGCGAGAAGGACAAGGAAAGGAAAGAUCGUGAUAAGGAGAAAGAAAAAUCCAGCAGCAGUAGCAGUAAGGAUAAAGAUCGAGACAAGCACAAGAGUAGCUCGUCAUCGUCCUCACAUCGUGACAAGGACAAGGAGCGUGAGAAAGAUAAGCACAAGAGCAGUAGCAGCAGCAGAGAUAAAGAUAAGCAUUCCAGUAGCAGUAGUAGCAAAGACAAAGACCGCAAGGAUCGCGACCGCGGCGAUAAAAGCUCUUCAUCCUCCAAGGACAAGGAACGUGACAAGAAAGAUAAAGUCAAAGAGGACCCUGUUGUGAAACAAGAGAGUCCCGUUGAAGUCAAAAAAGAAAACCCUCAACCUAUUGCUAAUGGUCUUGAAAGUAACGAAUCUUCCCAGGAUGUCAAGGAGAUCAAACCGGACGAUCCGCUGGAUAUUUCUCGAGCCAGUUCGUGUGACUACUCAAUGUCUCAGUUCCGUGCGGAUGAAACUCCAUUUGUCAUCAAGGAAGAGGCUCCCGAUCCCGAUCGCAGCCAGGACAACGAAGAGGACGAGACGGCAGAAGAGCAGGAGGAACCGCCAUUGGUAAUCAAGCAGGAGCAAGAAUCGGACUCGGAAGAUGAUGUACCGUUGUCUAAGCGCAAAAAGAAGGAUGAUGAGGAAGAAUUCGAUGUUGGCCGCACAAAGAAGAAAAUAAAGACUGAGAAGAAGGAUAAGAAGGAGAAAAAGAAGAAACGUGCGCUCGAAUCCGAGUCGGAGUUUGACGAUGAAGACGACGAGGACGACUACGGAUCAAAGAAGAAAGCUAAAAAGGCUAAGGUCAAGAAGGGUGCCGUCAAGCAGGAGAAGAAAACUAAAGUUAAGACAGAGGUAAAGGAAGAACCUGUUAGUCCUACCAAGGGUCGUAAAAAGAAGAAGGAAGAGGAAGAGCAAGAAGUUUGGAAAUGGUGGGAAGAGGAAAAGCGUGAUGAUGGCGUCAAGUGGAACUUCCUUGAACACAAAGGUCCAGUGUUUGCCCCACCAUACGAACCGCUGCCCGAGAAAGUAAAGUUCGAGUACGACGGCAAAGUAAUGAAGCUGUCGCAAGAUGCCGAGGAAGUCGCUGGCUUUUAUGCGCGCAUGUUAGAGCACGACUAUACCUCAAAGGAUGCGUUCAACGAUAAUUUCUUCAAAGAUUGGCGCAAACUGAUGAGCUCGUCAGAGCGCGAAAAAAUCAAAGAACUCAAAAAGUGCAACUUCCGGUACAUGCAUAGGCACUUCACUGAACUGUCGGAGAGGAAUAAAAAUCGAACCAAGGAGGAAAAACUGAAGCUGAAAGAAACAAACGAGGCACUGGUGAAAGAGUACGGAACAUGUAACAUUGACGGACACAAGGAAAAAAUAGGCAACUUCCGUAUUGAACCGCCUGGUUUAUUCCGUGGACGCGGUGAACAUCCAAAAAUGGGAAUGGUGAAGCGGCGGGUCAUGCCAGAAGAUGUGAUUAUCAACUGCUCAAAGGACAGUAAAUGGCCCGAAGCUCCGGAAGGGCGUCGCUGGAAGGAAGUUCGUCACGAUAACACUGUAUCGUGGUUAGCUUCCUGGACAGAAAACGUCCAAGGUCAGGUGAAGUACGUCAUGUUGAACCCUAGUUCCAAGCUGAAGGGCGAGAAGGAUUGGCAGAAGUAUGAAACUGCCCGGCGUCUCUUGAAGCACAUCGAUAAGAUUCGCAACACCUAUCGUGACGAAUGGAAGAGCAAAGAGAUGAGAAUUCGGCAGCGUGCCGUUGCGCUGUACUUCAUUGAUAAACUAGCACUGAGAGCUGGUAACGAAAAGGAUGAGGAUCAGGCCGACACGGUGGGUUGCUGUUCGCUUCGGGUGGAACACAUUGAAUUGCACAAGGAGAAAAACGGAAAGGAGAAUGUGGUAGUUUUCGAUUUUCUCGGUAAAGAUUCCAUUCGCUACUACAACGAGGUAGAGGUCGAGAAGCGUGUGUUCAAAAAUCUCGAACUAUUUAAGGAGAACAAAAAACCCGGCGAUGAUCUAUUCGAUCGGUUAAACACUACCGUUUUGAACGAGCAUCUGAGAGACUUGAUGGAUGGGCUGACGGCAAAAGUGUUCCGUACUUUUAACGCUUCGACGACACUUCAAAUUCAGUUGGCCGAGCUGACGGAUCCGGAUAUGACGCUUCCAGAGAAGCUUCUAGCAUACAACCGAGCAAAUCGCGCAGUUGCCAUCCUGUGUAACCAUCAACGGGCUGUACCUAAGACUCACGACAAAAGCAUGUCCAACUUGAAGGAGAAGAUCCGUCUUAAGCAAGAGGCGAUUGAUAACUGCGAGCAGGAUUUGAGGGAUUUGAAAAAGAGCUCUGUGCGGGACAAGAUCACUAAGGACAAGAAACAGAAGCUGUUGGAAAGACUCCGGGAUCAGCUGAAGAAACUCGAGCUACAAGAGACUGACAAAGACGAGAACAAAACGAUCGCCCUGGGAACAUCUAAAUUGAACUAUCUCGAUCCUAGGAUUUCUAUUGCAUGGUGCAAAAAGUUCGACGUCCCCAUCGAAAAGAUAUUCAACAAAACACAGCGCGAUAAGUUCCGAUGGGCAAUCGAUAUGGCUGGGCCGGACUACGUGUUCUAAGACAGAACCAACAAAUAUCCAAGAGAGAUAUUAGAAGAAGCGGUAACUGUAUUUUGUUUUAAGGUGAUAACUAUUUUAAAGUUCAGUUCUCAUAAUGAACAACUGUAUAAGCCAGAGGGCGCUUAUUGUGUCUACAAUUGACAUUAGUUAGCAAGCAGCGCCCGUGUAGGUUCCGUUUGUAAAAAGUUUAUAUUUAUUAAUGAAAGGUAGAAAUAUACCCAAAUAAACUAGAGAGAACAAACGAUUCAAGCAUCCAUCCGUGAGAGAGCCAAAACAAUAACCGUCUUUACAGUGGAUUAUUUUAAUUUUUUUAUCUGCUGCGAUAUCGCCUAACUAAGCAGUUCAUAAAAUUUGUUAAAAUUAUUAGUUUGACCGGAUUCAGUUUCAAAACCCCACUGAAACAAAUGAUUUUAUUUCCUUUCUGUAUCUGCUCGCGUGUGUCCAACAGUUAACGGGAACCCGCACAAUGGUUGUUUCCGAUUUUAGGGAAAUAACGAUUGGGAUCUAGCACCGAAAUUGAUGCAACACGCACCGUAACACAAAUGUAAUUUAUUUAUUUUGAAUGAUGUGGUUGUCGAGGAAGAAAGAAGUUAUCAAAUUCUUUCAUUUUUUACGAUUGCGUAUGAAUAUUUAGUUUUUUAUCUCUAGUUUGUAAGUAGUAGCAAUUAAUUCUGCAAAGAAACAUGCAACCGUAAGCGUGUAUUGUGAGUGAUUUGAAAGUUUCCUUACGAAAAAUAACCAGCAAAUGAAAGUUUUUACUUCUAGAAUAAUAACAGUUGACUAGCUUGGAAAAAAACAUGAUGUAAUCAAAUUCGUGCUGAAACAUGAAAAGGAGAAAAAAGAAACUAAGCAACUGUGUGGCAAUGAAACAACCGAUAGUGAAAUGAAACGAAAGGUAAUUAGGCUAAAGUUCAUAUUUACAAACCGUAUAAUCGUAAUCCUACUAGAUAUUAGCCUUAAAACUUGAGCAGAAAGAAACUCGAAACACGUACCAUUUGUAAAACAAGCAAAAGAACAACAACAACAAAAAGUGCAGUAAAUCAACUAAGCAUAAGGACAGUUUUAAGCUUUAAGUAAAUCUGUAUUCAUAAGUCAUUUUGGUUGACAGUGCAAGACAUCAAGAGCUCCCGCUCCACCGGCUUGGGACUACUGAGCGGAAAAGUAAAAAAAAUGUGCCCACAUAACUUACUCUACUAAUAGUGUGUAAGGAAUGAAAGAAAAAAAGAAGCACACCACAAAACAUAAACCACUUUAUGCGGUUACCAUCGGUUUUCUUUAUGAAAGGAAACCGUGGACCGGUUAGACACAUCUAAACACACACAUAUGGGCUAAAUGAAGUAAGCUAUAUAAUUGUAUGGAAAAGAAUGAGUCAAAAAAAAAAAACAAGAAAAACUGUGUUUAAAGCAAAAACCUAAUCAAUAAAAAUUGAAAAAUUAUGA